UACUUAAUGUACGAUACAUUUAAUUUAAUAUCAAUAUUUACUUGGAAAUGUAUAACCUUCGGACGUAUAGUUGUUCACACUUGUCAAGAUAUCUCAAGUUCUACUAAACCGAUUUGCAUGUAAUGUGUGAAGAGCUGUAAUCUUGACAUUAAACAUUAAGAGAUAAAAUGAUGGUCGCAAUUUUAUUAGGAUCAAUUUUGAUUAUAUUUUUAUUUCAUUGUUAUUUAAAAUAUAGAAGAGUUGGAAGAUUACUCAGAUUAAUUCCAGGACCAAAAGAAUAUCCGAUAAUUGGAAAUAUCUAUCAUUACUACGUUGACAAUGAUCGUCUAUUAGAGAAAUUAGAAGAAAUGAAUAUUAAAUUUUAUCCAAUUCACAAAUUUUGGAUCUUAACGUAUUACGGAGUAACUUUACUUAAUCCAGAUGAUAUUCAGGUACUAUUGUCGAGCAAUGAAUAUAUUGAAAAAGGAAUACUUUACAGAAAUCUUCAGCACUGGCUUUCUACUGGAUUAUUAAUUAGCGGCGGCAAAAAAUGGCACUUACGACGGAAGAUGUUAACUCCUGCAUUUCACUUUAAUAUUCUUAAACAUUACUGUACUAAUUUAAUUGAGGAAUCACAAAAUCUGGUAAAAUAUCUUAAAAAGGAAGGAAAUGAAAAUCCCGUUGUCAAAGAUUUAAGAAGUUUUAUCAGCCAAUACACUCUCAACGCAAUAUGCCAAACGGCUAUGGGAACUAAAUUGAGAGGAAACAGCGAGCUGGAAAAUAAGUAUCGUGAUGCUGUUCAUGUUUAUGGAAGUAUUGUUGCAUAUAGAAUGGUAAGACCUUGGUAUAUGUACGAUACUAUAUUUCGAUUUACAAAAAUAGGAAGACUACAAAAAGAAGUGUUGAAAACAUUGCAUAGUUUUUCAAGAAAUAUAAUUGCGGAAAGGAAACGUUUUCACGAACAAACUAAUGGGGAAUAUUUGAAAAUAUUUGAUAAUUUGGAUGAGAAUGACGUUUUUAAUGAGGAUUUGCAAUAUAAGAAAAGGCUUUCUAUGUUAGAUCUGCUUAUAGCCGCAUCUUGGAACGAUAAUCAAAUAGAUGCGGAAGGAAUUCGAGAAGAAGUUGAUACUUUCAUGUUUGAAGGCCACGAUACUACCGCAAGUGCACUGACCUUUGCUUUGAGUCUUUUUGCAAAACACAAAGAUGUCCAGGAAAAUAUAAGAGAUGAGGUAAAAACGAUUAUGCAGGAAGAUGAUAAUAAUAUAACGAUAUCGUCGCUUAAAAAACUUUCAUAUUUAGAGAGAUGUUUAAAAGAAUCGCUUCGUUUGUAUCCAAGCGUCCAUUUUAUAUCUCGACAAAUUUCUCACGAUAUGCAGCUAAAACACUAUUUAAUUCCAUCUGGAAGUAUCUGUGAGGUGAUGAUUAACUACGUGCAUAGAAAUCCAGAAUAUUGGCCAAAUCCAAAUGUUUUUAACCCAGACAGAUUUUUACCGGAAAAUGUUAAAGGACGUCAUCCCUAUUCGUACAUACCAUUUAGUGCUGGGCCGAGAAACUGUAUUGGUCAAAAACUCGCAAUGCUUGAGCUUAAACUCUUUGUAGCUUUUAUAUUGUACAAUUUUGAGUUAGAACCGGUAGAUGAACUAAAUGACGUUACAUUUUCGGCAGAUCUAACUUUGAACUCGUCUAAAUCAAUUCGAGUCAAAUUUAUACCUAUUCGAUAGGUACCUUCACAAAAAAUAUGUUCUAUAAAAUAAAUUAAAAAAAAAUUUUGCAGUUGUAGAAAAAUUUCCUGUUUUAAAAUAAA